UUAAAUUGUGAACGCGUACGUGCAUGUAUCCGGGUUUUUAUCUCCCUGACUUUAUUUCUUGUGCCUUCAGCAUAGCAUUAUGGUAGUGGGAAAUGAACGGAGUUAAAACUUAUGUAUUUAUAAAACAGUGGCAGUCUUGAAAAACGUUGAAAUACAUACAGUACUAGAAGGACUUAACCCAGGAAAGAAGUACUCACGCACAUUUUUGGGAACCAUUUUUCAUUGACUGUGACCGGAAACCAGUGCGACCUUCACCGUUUAACCCGUAGAUCUCGUCGAGAUCAGUUGGAUUGACAUCAUGGCUAAAUAUCACUGUCCAGAUUCGAAGACUCUCCAGUCCCUUGGGGACAUGGCAAAUCAAUUGAGGAUCGAUAGUAUAAGAGCAACGCAGGCGAGCAAUUCUGGGCAUCCCACAUCAUGUGCCUCUGCCGCAGAAAUAAUGUCCGUGUUAUUUUUCCACCAGAUGCGUUACAGCACGGAGUUCCCACGUGAUCCUGCAAGUGACAGAUUUGUCAUGUCUAAGGGCCAUGCUUGCCCCAUCCUGUACGCAGCCUGGGCGGAGGCGGGUCUGUUUUCUGUCGAGGAACUUCUCAACCUACGAAAACUCUCCUCAGAUCUGGAGGGCCACCCUACACCUAGACUGAACUUCAUUGAUGUGGCCACCGGUUCCCUGGGCCAGGGUCUGGGCUGUGCAGCGGGCAUGGCCUAUACUGGGAAAUACUUUGACAAGGCAGAUUACCGUGUUUACUGCCUGAUUGGUGACGGUGAGAGUGCAGAGGGGUCGAUCUGGGAGGCCCUCGCAUUCUCUAGUUUCUACAAGCUAGACAACCUGGUCGCUAUAUUCGACAUUAACCGCCUGGGCCAGAGCGACCCAGCCAUGCUGCAACACCACAUGGACAUGUACGAGGCCAGGCUUAAAGCUUUCGGUUGGGAGACGUACGUGGUAGAUGGCCAUGAUGUGGAGGUGCUGUGUAAGGCACUCUAUGAUGCCAGCACGGUCAAGGGCAGACCAACCUGCAUCCUCGCCAAGACCUACAAGGGAAGGGGAUUCCCAGACAUAGAGGACAUGCUGAACUGGCAUGGCAAGCCCCUUGGCGACAAGGCUGACAAAGUGAUUGCUCACAUCAAGGAAAACAUGCAGAGUCAAGGACCCUUCGACCUGCGGCCUCAAUCCAUCACUACCUCAGUCCCCACAGUGGACAUCACAAAUAUUCAUCUCGACAAGCCGCCCAAUUACAAGAUAGGGGAAGAGGUUGCCACCAGAUUAGCCUAUGGCGUCGCUCUGGCCAAGUUGGGGUCAAACAACAGCAGAGUCAUAGCACUGGAUGGAGACACCAAGAAUUCUACGUUCUCUGACAAGUUUAAGGCUGCACAUCCGGACCGCUACAUCGAAUGCUUCAUUGCGGAGCAGAACCUUGUAGGAGUAGCCAUAGGUUGUGCCACACGUGACCGCACCGUGGCUUUCUGCAGUACGUUUGCAGCCUUCUUCUCCCGCGCGUUUGAUCAGAUACGAAUGGGCGCCAUCUCUCAGACAAAUGUCAACUUUGCUGGUUCCCAUGCUGGCGUUUCCAUAGGCGAGGAUGGUCCCUCCCAGAUGGCCCUGGAGGACCUGGCCAUGUUCCGCUCCGUGCCAGGCUCCACGGUGUUCUACCCGAGCGACGCCGUGUCCUGCGAGCGAGCGGUGGAGCUGGCUGCGAACACCAAGGGCGUGUGCUUCAUACGUACCAGCAGGCCCAACAUAGCCACCAUUUAUGCAAAUGACGAAACGUUUGAGAUCGGGAAAGCUAAGGUUGUGCGAAAGAGUAACAAAGACCAUGUGACAAUAAUUGGGUGCUGUGUAACCCUCGUGGAGGCAAUGAAGGCAGCUGACAAACUGGCCAUUGAUGGGGUCCAUGCAAGAAUCAUCGACCCAUUCACUUUGAAACCUCUCGACGCUGCUACCAUUCUGAGCAACGCCCGCGAAACUGGGGGCCUAAUUGUUACUGUGGAGGAUCAUUACGAAUGGGGGGGUCUGGGUGACGCUGUAGCCGGGGCCCUGUCCGAAGAGAAGGACAUCACGAUCAAGAAACUUGCUGUGAAGGAGGUGCCACGCAGUGGCAAGCCUGCAGAGCUCAUGGAGAAGUACGGAAUCAGCGCAAACUGUAUUGUAAAGGCUGUACACAGUAUGCUGAAGUUAGAUGCAUAAGAUGUUAGUGGUUCUAGUGGACAAAUUCUGUAGUUUUAUUGGAAUUAGUGGACAAAUUCUCAAGUCUCAUUGCAAUUUGAAAUGUAGUUAGAUGACAAAUUAUUAGAUGAAAUAUGAUAAGACUAUUUACGGGAUAGUUUGCUGAUAAAAAGCAUUUUAAAAAUAUGAUAUUGCACAAAGAGCAGAUAUUCAUAUUUUGAUGGACGAAUUCAUUCAAAAUUGUCUCCAAGCCAUAUAAAAACUAUGCAUUAAAAAUGCAAUCACUGAUACACUAAAAUAUUCAGAUGAUCACUCUGGUAAUACAUGUUUGCUUCAAUAAAGAUGAUCAGGUAUUCCUUUGACAUAAAUGGAAAACCAGUAAUUAUUCCUAAAUUAGCAACUCUUUACCUUUUUCUUUACUUUUUGUGAUUUGUCAAAGUAUAUACCCUAUAACAAAAUAAAUUUGUCUUUUAACUAUUCUUUGUUACAAAUUCACUUAAGUUGUGCUCUUACCAUAUUUCAUAUCCACUUUGUCUCUAAAUUAUGUGUUUUUCAAAUAUUUCAUUCUUAUAGUGUUCACUGCAUAGCAAAUGAUUAUUGUAUUACACCUGUUUGUCUCUUACUGUAGGAUUUAUAAAGCAUAUAUAUAGAUAGAUAUCUUUUUUUUUAAAUUAAUGUAUUUGUAAUAGUUGUUUGCCAUUGUUUUAUGGGACUCGUUUCUUAACAAAGAACAUGUUUUAAAAUCAGGAAUGUUUUAUCAAAUGGCCCAGACUUAAGGUAUAAAUAUCACAGCAACUUUCGACCAUAUUAUUGUAUUGCAAAUCAUUCAUUAUUGAUAUCAGUAUCAUAGGUCAGUUUUUGUUUGCAACACAUGCUAUGAAUAAUGAUGCAAGACAUUUAAAACGUGAAUGCCAGUUUAGGAGUUUUUUUAAAGAUUUGCAGUAUAUGCAGAAGUGUUUGCUCAGGAAAGCCUUGUUGUCUACCGAAAACUGCUACUUAUUGUUAAUGCUAUUUGUUGUUGAACAUUUUGUAUUAAAAAUUACACAUAUUGUUUACUUUGGACAAUUGUUUGCAAUUAGUCGCAACAUAAACUAUUUAACAGCGUUUCUUAGUCAAGUGGGGACUUGUACAUACAUUACAUUCCAAAAUGAUAUGGAGUGUACCACAAAAAAUGUUAAAUUAACUAAAUUGGUGUAAUGUUAUUUUAUUAUUUGUUACUUGAGCUUUUUGUUUAUGCACAUUCAAUGUUUUGAUAUCUGGCUAGUAAGGUUUUUAUGUCAUAAUUGUUAGUGUUUUACAAAAUGAGCGCGUUUCUAGUAAUAAAACAAUAAUCAGAAAUGAA